AUGUCGCGACCUCUCCCGAAAAAGAACAACCCGCUGAUCCUCGCCGACGCGGCUCCUCCUUCCAACCGUCAUGGUCGCCGAUUGCUAAUCCUUCGGUUUUUUUCGCUCGCGAUCAUAGAUGAGGAUCUUCUUGCGCGUCGUCGGCUGGGCAAGACUCACCUAUCUGUGAAGCCCGGUCAAAUCGGCACAUCCAAUGCGACCAAGCCGGAGAACCUAGGGUUAUUCGAAUAUGCCCACCUGCGUGCCCCCUUACCCCGGGACCUGAAGGGAUCGGAGAUCUUCCCUUCUCACACUCCAGCACAGCACCCGGAAACAUACUUCUUGAUGCGGAGAAGUAAGGACGGCUUUGUUAGCGCCACUGGCAUGUUCAAGAUUGCUUUUCCCUGGGCCAAGGCUGAGGAAGAGAAGAUCGAAAGAGAGUACUUGAAGUCACGCGAGUUCACUAGUCAAGAAGAGGUUGCUGGCAAUGUAUGGAUUUCUCCACAGUUUGCACUCGAGCUAGCCAGAGAAUACAAGAUGUAUGAUUGGGUUCGCGCCUUGUUGGACCCCACCGAUAUUGUUCAGAGCCCAACCAGCGCUAAGAAGCAAAUCACCCCGCCCCCGAAGUUCGAGCUGCCGAUGGAUGAGCCAGGUUCCCAGCGCAGCCGCAGCCGCCGGUCGGUUUCACCGAGCAAAAAGUCCGUUUCGCCUCGCAAGUCUCGACAAGCCCGUUCUGCCAAGGAUGUUCUAAGCACACCGUCCACUACUGCUGCGAAUGAUAACUUGCAAAAAGCUCUUGAUUUCACGGCCUCCAUGGAAACCUCGGAGAAGAGCCCCAGUUCGGCGAAGACUGAGGAGACAGAAGUGAAAGCCAACGGGUCACCAGAGAAGAAGACUAAGAGUCGCAAGUCCAAGAAGGCCGGUGCCGAGGCCGAAGAGGAGAAGGAAGAAAAGCAAGAAGACAAGGAUGAGAAGAAGUUGGAUAAGAAAAAGAAGAAGGAAGCCAAGAAAGAAAGCGAGGCGGAAGUGACUGCCACUUCCGAUGUAACUGAAGAUACCAAGACCACGACUGUGUCCCUUGACAUCCCUAUCAGCCUUCCUGAAGUUCCCUCUGUCGAGGAAACCCAGGAGAUGAUCGCCAAGGCUAAGGAGAUGGUGGAGGCAGCUGUGAAGGCUCAAGGAGCCGAAGACGGCUCAGCAGGAUCGUCUGCUGCUAAGGCAACGAAGAAACGCAAGCCCGUGGAGGAAGAUGAUGAGAGCUCCGCAGAAGCCGCUCAACGAGUGAAGAAGGCCAAGGUUCUAGAGGACAAGCUCAAGCGUGAGCGAGUGCGCAACCGUGCUCUGUUCGGCGUUUCUGCGGCCUUUGCUCUUGCUGCCUCUAUUCCUUAUUUCUUCUAG